GCCGCGUCCUCGCAGCCGGGGGCGCCGAGCGCAGCGAGCAUGGCCUCCGCCGCCCGCGCCUUCUUCCAGGUGCUGCUGCUGCUGCCUCCGCAGACCUGGAGCUGGGCAGAAGCGGGGAAUCCACGCGACUGUGACGCUCCGCUGGGAUCCGCCUUGCCUCCGUCCUCCUUCAGCAGCUCCGCGGAGCUGUCCAGCAGCCACGGCCCUGGGUUCGCCAGGCUUAAUCGGAGAGACGGAGCUGGUGGAUGGACCCCACUUGUGUCAAAUAAAUACCAAUGGCUGCAGAUUGACCUUGGAGAGAGAAUGGAGGUCACCGCUGUGGCCACCCAGGGUGGAUACGGGAGCUCCGACUGGGUGACCAGCUACCUCCUGAUGUUCAGUGACAGUGGGAGGAACUGGAAGCAAUAUCGACGAGAAGAGAGCAUCUGGGGAUUUUCAGGAAACACAAAUGCGGACAGCGUGGUGCACUACCGGCUCCAGCCCCCCUUCGAAGCCAGGUUCCUGCGCUUCCUGCCUUUAGCCUGGAACCCCAAGGGCAGGAUUGGGAUGCGGGUCGAGGUGUAUGGGUGUGCAUACAGAUCUCAGGUGGUUUAUUUUGAUGGACUAGGAGCCCUGCUAUUCAGAUUGGAUAAAAAGCCCAUGAGACCGAUAAGAGAUGUUAUUUCUUUGAAAUUUAAAACCAUGCAGAACAAUGGGAUUCUACUCCACAGAGAAGGACAACAUGGAAAUCACGUAUCUCUGCAAUUAAUUAAAGGAAAACUUGUCUUUUCUCUUAAUUCAGGCAAUGCCAACCUGCAGCCUGCUGGUGCCCACGUGAACCUCACCCUGGGCAGCCUGCUGGAUGACCAGCACUGGCACUCCGUCCUCAUCGAGGUCCUCAGCACUCAUGUCAACUUCACGUUGGACAAGCACACUCGUCAUUUCCAUGCAAGAGGAGAAUCCAGUUACCUGGAUCUUAACUUUGAGAUCAGCUUUGGAGGAAUCCCGACAUCUGCAGGGUCCCUGGAAAUCUCACAUACAAACUUUCAUGGAUGUAUAGAAAAUCUUUAUUAUAAUGGAGUGGAUAUUGUUGAAUUAGCCAAGAAAAACAAACCACAGGUCCUUGUUAUGGGAAAUGUGUCCUUCUCAUGUCCACAACCACAGACCAUCCCUGUCACUUUUCUGAGCUCUAGGAGUUAUCUGGCUCUGCCAGGCAACUCUGGGGAGGACAAAGUAUCUGUCACAUUCCAGUUUCGUACAUGGAACAAAGCAGGACGUUUGCUGUUUGGUGAACUGUGGCAUGGUGCGGGAAGUUUUCUCCUCUUUCUUAAGGAUGGAAAACUCAAACUGAGCCUCUUCCAGCCAGGACAGUCAUUGAGGAACGUCACAGCAGGUGCUGGGCUCAAUGACGGGCAGUGGCAUUCUGUGUCCCUGUCUGCCAACUGGAACCACCUGAGUGUGGUGGUGGAUAGUGACAUGGCUCUCCAACCGCUGGUGACGGGGCUGACGGGUUCCAGCAACACCUAUUAUUUUGGAGGCUGUCCCGACAACAGCUCAGGCUCUGGAUGUGCAAGUCUUCUGGGAGGGUUUCAAGGAUGCCUGAGGCUCAUCUCCAUUGGUGGCACAGUGGUGGAUCCCAUCUCGGUACAGCAGGGGGCGCUGGGGAGUUUCAGCGAUCUUCAGAUAGACGCCUGCAGCAUCACCGACAGAUGCCUGCCCAGCUUCUGUGAACAUGGGGGUGCAUGUGCCCAGUCCUGGGACACCUUCUCCUGCAACUGCGAGGGCACAGGUUACACUGGAGAGACCUGCCAUUCCCCGCUGUAUGAGCAGUCCUGCGAAGCCCACAAGCACCGAGGAAGUCCUUCUGGGCUUUACUAUAUUGAUGCUGAUGGAAGUGGCCCCCUGGGACCGUUUCUGGUGUACUGCAACAUGACAGACGCCGCGUGGACGGUGGUGCGGCACGGUGGCCCAGACCAGGUGACCAUCGGAGGCGGCCCCCGGGGGCACGCACGCUCGGUGACCUUCGCCUACGCGGCCAGCGCGGGGCAGCUGCGGGCAGCGGUGGCCCUGGCGGAGCGCUGUGAGCAGCAGCUGGCUCUGCGCUGUGGCUCCGGGCGGCCCCCCGCAGACCCACGAGAUGGAACCCCACUGAGCUGGUGGGCUAGAAGAACCAAUGGAACUCACACUUACUGGGGAGGUUCUCUGCCAGAUGCACAAAAGUGCACUUGUGGACGAGAGGGGAGCUGCCUGGACUCUCAGUAUCACUGCAGCUGUGACGGUGACCAGGAUGAAUGGACCAGUGACAUCACAGUCCUUUCCCAGAAGGAGUACCUGCCAGUCAUUCAAGUGGUGAUGAAGGACAGGGGCCGACCGCCCUCUGAAGCUGUGUAUACGUUGGGGCCUCUGCUCUGCCAGGGGGACAAGUCAUUUUGGAAUUCGGCUUCCUUCAACACUGAGACCUCAUACCUUCAUUUCCCCACUUUCCAUGGAGAACUCACUGCCGACGUACAGUUCUUUUUUAAGACCACAGUUUUCUCUGGUGUGUUUAUGGAGAACUUGGGCAUCACGGACUUCAUCAGGAUAGAGCUGCAGACUCCCACAGAAGUGACCUUUUCCUUUGAUGUGGGGAAUGGACCUUGUGAGGUCACGGUGCGGUCACCCACCCCCUUUAAUGACAAUCGGUGGCACCACGUGAGGGCAGAGAGGAAUGUCAAGGGAGCCUCGCUGCAGGUGGACCAGCUCCCCAGGAAGACACAGCCGGCCCCUGCGGACGGGCACGUGCGCCUGCAGCUCAACAGCCAGCUCUUCAUUGGUGGGACGGCCAGCAGGCAGAGGGGCUUCCUGGGGUGCAUUCGGUCCCUGCAGCUGAAUGGGAUGGCCCUGGACCUGGAGGAAAGAGCCACAGUGACACCAGGAGUGGAGCCAGGGUGUGCGGGACACUGCGGCAGCUACGGACACUUGUGUCGCAACGAGGGGAGAUGUCGAGAACGGCUCAGAGGGGUGGCUUGCGACUGCUCGGCCUCCGCCUACGAGGGCCCCUUCUGCUCCCACGAGAUUUCUGCAUAUUUUGAAACUGGCUCCUCAGUGACCUAUGAUUUUCAAGAUCAUCACCCCUUAGGUGACAACACCAGCUCCCUUGCUUCUACAUUACACAGGGAUGUCACACUGUCCCAAGAGACCGUCACACUGAGCUUCCGAACCACGCGGACACCCAGCUUACUGCUUUAUGUGAGCUCUUUCUAUGAGGAAUACCUUUCCAUUAUCCUGGCCAACAAUGGAAGUUUGCAGGUCAGGUACAAGCUAGACAGACAUCGAGAUCCAGACGCUUUUAACUUUGAUUUUAAAAACAUGGCGGAUGGGCACCUUCACCAGCUGAAGAUUGACAGGGAGGAAGCCGUGGUCUCUGUAGAGGUUAACCAGAGUGCGCAGAGACAAGUCAUCCUGUCCUCGGGGACAGAAUUCAACGCCAUCAAAUCCCUCACGUUGGGAAAGGUUUUAGAGCCCCCAGGCGCGGACCCCGACACGCGGCGGGCGGCGGCGCGCGGCUUCACCGGCUGCCUCUCGGCUGUGCGCUUCGGCCGCGCCGCCCCGCUGAAGGCGCUGCGCCCCGGAGGCCCGGCCCGGGUCACCGUCCGCGGCCACGUGGCCGCCGGGGCCCGCUGCGCGGCGGGGGCGCGGCCCGGCGAUGGAGCGCGGGAGCUGGCUCCGCGGCGCGCAGGUGGCGCAGGUCGUUCCGAACCCAGCGAGGAGGGAGAGCCUUUGGUGAAGGCGGACAGAAGCGACUCUGGGGUCAUCGGAGGUGUGAUAGCAGUUGUGAUAUUUAUUUUGCUCUGCAUCUCUGCUAUAGCCAUAUGCAUUUACCAACAGAAAAAGUUACGCAAAGAAAAUGAAUCAAAAGUUUCGAAAGUUGAAGAGUGCUAGGACCACUCAGCAAAGUGCACGUGUCAAGACACAGUCCUGAGAGACAAUGUCUUCUGGUUGGCAGUGGGCUGAUCUACCCCAGCGACUGUGGACCGUCCUGAUCUGGUCAUCCCUGUGGGUGGGCCAGUGCUAACCACCUGCUGAGGACCUGGGGUGCUGGGAGGCCCAUUCUGCCUUGGUGGACACCUCCCUCCAGUGCAAUUUAUAUGACAGUGAAGGAGGAAUCCUCAUUCAUCAUGGUGGAGUAGUUUGCCCCAGAAGGAAUGCUCUCUUCCAACACAGAAAUUUAAUUUGUGUAAUAAUUGUGGAUUUUAGCUGAGAAAAUGUCCACGAGGCUCUGGUCCUACGAGACAAAGUCAAACUCUAAUGUUCUUUAUUGCUCAGAAGCUUAUCUGGGAUCCUGUUCUUGUUCCCUGCUGAUAUUUUUUUUGGACAGGAAAUGCUUCUUUGAUCACUUCACCAGCAUUUCUGUAGUCCUGCAAUCCAGUGCCAAGGGCCUGCUAAAAAGUUAAUGGCGUGUUUGAUUUCCUUAUCCGAUGGUCAAUGCAAUGCAAGAGACCUGGAAAUGUUAUUUUUGGUGUAUUGCUUUUUCUAAUUGACUGUUUUUAAUCAUUUUGAUAAAUUUUAAUGUUGAAAUCAAUAUGGAAUGUUGGUGAUAACAUUUUAAUAUCGAAUUUUGUAAUGGAACAGAAAAUUGAUAGGUAACAAGAUGCAAACAGAAUGUCAAUUAGAGUCUGCCUAUUUUCUUUGUAAUCUGUAAUUAUAGUUUUUGUAAAUUGUGAUCAUGCUUUUAACUAAAUUUAUGAUGACAUAAAUACUACUUCUUAUACUGAAAAAGAUUUAUUCUUUAUUUAUAUCAAUACCUGAAGGAAACAUAUUUUAAACUUAUU